AUGAUUGCGACGAAACAGGGGAAAGAGGAGAAACCCCAUAAGCCGACUCAUUUACAUGAUAUCAGUGAGAUUCUACCACACCUCUUUGUUUCAGGCUAUGGAUGUAUCACGGAGGCAAAGUUGAAACAAUUCGGCAUCACGCACGUCAUCGAUGCGACAAAUCUCGGAUUGAUAGGGAAAAAAUUGAAAACUGUCGAAGUGCUUGAGGUGCCCGUGGCAGACGAUGUGCUGGCGAAAUUGAAUCAACAUUUCGAUGCAGUCAAUCAGUUCGUUGAUGGCGCCAAGGAAAAGAAGAAGAUGCAAGCGAUGAAGAUGGAGAAGGAUGCCGCCUUGGUCAGAGCUGACGAAGCUGAGGCAAAGGAACGCGAGGUGCAAACCCGUCUUGCCUCCGUUGAGGAAGAGCUCCGUGACACUCAGAAGAAGAUGGUUCAAACUGAGAACAAUUUGGACGAAAUCCAAGAGAAACUCGCCAAUGUCACCACCCAAUUGGAGGAGAAAGACAAGAAGGCUGCUGAAGCUGAGGCCGAGGUCGCUUCGAUCAAUCGCCGUAUCGUUCUCGUUGAAGAAGAGCUCCAAAGAACCGAGGAACGCCUCAAGGUUGCCACCGAGAAACUCGAAGAGGCCACUUCGCAAAUCGAUGACACUGAGAGAGCUCGUCGCGAGAUGGAAGCACGAUCAUUCCAAGUUGAAGAGAAGGCCAAUUCUGUUGAGGAACAACUCAAGGAAGCCCAAGCCCUCGCCGAGGAGGCCGACCGAAAAUACGAUGAAGUUGCCCGUAAACUUGCCAUGGUUGAGGCUGAUCUCGAGAGAGCUGAGGAAAGGGCUGAAGCCGGAGAGAACAAGAUCGUCGAACUUGAGGAGGAGUUGCGAGUGGUGGGAAACAACUUGAAAUCGCUGGAAGUUUCCGAGGAAAAGGCAAUGCAAAGAGAAGACGCAUUCCAGGAGCAAAUCCGUACCGUCACACAGAGGCUCAAAGAGGCUGAGACUCGUGCCGAGUUCGCCGAGCGAUCGGUGCAGAAACUCCAGAAAGAGGUGGAUCGUCUCGAGGAUGAGCUCGUCCACGAGAAAGAGAGAUAUGCCGCCAUCUCCGAUGAGCUCGAUGACACCUUCCAGGAGCUCUCCGGCUAC